AUGGCCUUUGCUUUUAGGCAUUCAUUUUUCUUUGCCACCGACCCUCUUCUUUUCUUUUUUCUCGAACACGUCGGAGAACUGCGUAUCAUUGUAUUAAGAAGAAAAAAGGGGGAACCCUUACAAAACAGCACUCUUCAUUUCAAUGGGCUAUUUUAUGAUGAGGAAGUUCCAAAAUACGUGCAGAUUUCACCAGAAAGAUAUUCACAUCUUACUGCAUCAGAAGAACAAGUUGAAAUACUGAGUGCAAAGAUAAAGAUACUGAAUGACAAAAUAUCUGCUGCACAAUGUGAGAUGAACACCAAAGAUGCUAUAGUAAAGCAGCAUGCUAAAGUGGCUGAAGAAGCUGUAUCAGGUUGGGAGCAAGCUGAAGCAGAGGCCUCAGCACUGAAACUUCAACUAGAAACUGUAACAUUAUACAAGCUAGCAGCUGAGGAAAGAGCUACCCAUCUGGAUGGAGCUCUAAAAGAAUGCAUGAAGCAAGUGAGGGCAGUGAAGGAAGGUGAGCAAAAGCUGCAUGAUAUAGUACUUGCAAAGACCAAAAACUUUGAGAAGAUAAGGGCUGAACUAGAAGCAAAAUUAGUUGACUUUGAACAAAAACUGAUUAGAGCUGGUUCUGAGAAUGAUGCACUCUCAAGGUCUCUUGGAGAACGGGAAAAUUUGCUGAUGAAAGUUCAUGAGGAGAAGGCUCAAGCAGAAGCCCAGAUUGAAGUACUAAAGAGCACUAUCCAGUCAGGUGAAAAGGAGGUAAAUUCACUGAAGUAUGAACUACAUGCUGUCUCUAAAGAGCUUGACAUUCGCAAUGAGGAGAAGAACAUGAGUGUUCGUUCAGCUGAUGUAGCAAUCAAACAACAUAUGGAGGAUGUCAAGAAAAUAUCAAAACUGGAAGUAGAGUGCCAAAGAUUACGUGGCCUUGUCUGGAAAAAGUUACCUAUGCCUGCCGCAUUAGCUCAGAUGAAGAUGGAAGUGGAUAGCUGGAGUAGAGACCCAGGAGACAACCGGCGUUCGUUUUCAAGGAGUUCUACAUUCCAGUAUCCUAUGUGUCCAUCUCCUGAUUAUGCUCGUGAAAACUUGCAAAACAUGCAGAAAGAGAAUGAAUUGUUAACAGCCCAUUUGUUGUCAAUGGAUGAGGAAACCAAGAAGUUAAAAGGUGCACUGUCAAAAUGCAACCAAGAGCUACAGGCAUCAAAAAAUAUGUGCGCUAAGUCUUCAAGUAAGCUUCAUAGUAUGGAACUGCAUGUAUUGAGUGCUAACCUAUACAUGAGCCCAACAAAUUCAUACAUUGAUACUUCUGCAUCAAGUCGGAAAGGAAGCAACCCACCAAGCCUAACUUCCAUGUCUGAAGAUGGUGUUGAUAAUGCAAGAAGUUGUGAGGAGGCUUGGGCUAAUACUUUGGAAUCAAAACUGUCACGCAUCAAGAAACAUAAAGGAGGUAAACACACUUUGACUGAAAACUCUAAUCAGAUGGGCCUCAUGGACGACUUCCUGGAGAUGGAGAGAUUGGCAUGUCUUUCUUCUGAAGCUCAGGAAUGUGGGGUCAUUGUUGACAAGAAGGUUGGUAAAGUUGAGUUGACAGUGAGCAACAAAAUAUCAUCGCCACCUUUGCAAUCACCUGGUUCUUCAUUUAGUAGUGACCUGAUUGAUAAGGCCCUAUUUUUGAAACUGCAUUUGAGAAUUUCUGCUUUGUUGAAAUCUCAAUCACCACCAAAUGAUGUUAAGGUACUGGAUGGUAUCAGGAAUAUCCUAAGAGAUAUUGAAGAAGAGGCAGAAUCUGUGAACAGAAACAAAAUACAACAUGAUGACAUGGUCGAAGUUGCUGGCAGUGGAUCUUCAACAGAGGAAGUCAAGCCCUUGGGCACCAUGGAUCAAAGGCUGACAAAAGCCAUUUUGAAGAUCCAUGAAUUUGUCAAGUUAUUUGUAAGACGAGCAUCAGAGUUACAAGGAAGUUCUUACUAUAAUACAGUAUCUCAGAAAGUAGAACGGUUCUCAUCAUUAGUUGAUGAUCUUCUGUCUGAUGGCAAUGGUUUAAAUGAGAUCGUGAUUGCAUUUUCUGAAAUGUUGCUGGGAAGUGGUGAGGAUAAACUCACAUUGUUGAAAGAGAGUGCUAAUGAGGCAGAAAGCAAUAGUGUCGAUUGUGUUGAUAAAGUAACGUUAUUGGAAAACAAAGUUUAUCUUGAGCCAUCUCAAGGUAGCCUGUCUGACACUUGUUCACUUAUGCUGCAUUCAUCUUCUGACCCUGAAUUCGAGGGUCCGAGUCCUAGUGAUGCAUUUGAUAUUAAAUCUGCAGUGCAGAUAUGCGCACCAGAAGAAUAUGAAAAACUGAAAUUGGAAAAGAGAAACUUAGAGAUGGAAUUGAAAAUGUGCAAUGAAAUGGCUGAAAGUACAAAUCUCAAAUUAAGUGAGAUGGAGAAAAACCUUGAACACCUUAAAUCUAAGUUGGUUGCACAUGAGAAAUCUAAUAGCUUGGCUGAAACACAAUUAAAGUGUAUGGCUGAAUCAUACAAAACACUUGAGUCACAGAAGGUGAAACUAGAAGAAGAAAUAAAAGUUUUACAGAAAAAGAUAGAUACUUUAUCAGCUGACCUUGCUGAAGAAAGACAGAGGCAUAGAUAUCUCGAGGUGAAAAUGGAAAGCUAUGAGAAGGAUUCAAUGUGGGUACCAAAGGAUUUAGAUACUAAACUGAAGACGGAGAAAGAAAUAGCUGCUGCAGCAGAGAAACUUGCGGAGUGCCAGGAGACGAUAUUGCUUCUUGGUCGGCAGCUGCAAACCCUGCGCCCUCCAUCAGAAUCAUUGAGUUCUGCACUAAACAGACAACUGGUGGGGAAAUUUCCGGAAGAUCAAGUAGGGCCAGCUCAAGGCACACAUUCUAAGAAAGCAUCAGGUCAAUUUGAUGCAGAUUAUACAUUCUCAAAUGCCCCAGGAACAGGAAAUGUAUCCCCCCUGAAUGGAUAUAAUACACACAAAAGCCCUACUAAUGUAGGAAGCCCUUACUUUGCUUCACCGAGCAGUUCUAAGCGUCCAAAGCACAGAUCAAGAUCGUCAUCUUCCUCAUUUUCUAAUGAACCAGAGAAACAGGGUCGAGGAUUCAGUCGGUUAUUUUCAAAAGGCAAGAGUGACCGCUAG